AUGGUUAUACGACUUACACAAGGAAGUAGUUAUGGUAGUAGUGGCGGUGAUACAACAGCAACAACAGCACCUGAUUCAGCAACACCAAUUGCAGCUUCAGUUUACUUACCAUCACCCUGUAAUAAUUAUUCAACAAUUGCUGAUCCAACACGUUUAAUAACAUCGGCUGGUGGUUUAGCAUGUGAUAAUACAUUUUUUACUACUGUUGCUGCAACUCCGAAUUAUAUACGUUUUAUCGCACCUGGCGGUACACAACUGGCUACAUCCCCGCCAAAUAAUGCUAAUGGUAAUGUCUGUGGCACCCAAGUUGCUGGUUGGACAAAUGUAACAUAUCCAUCCGUGGCUGGUCAAACAGUCAAUGCAUUUGUUAAUUAUGCAUACCAAGGCAAUCCAAGUUAUGGUUAUCAGUAUUGGGUGGUUGUAAUAAAUUGUAACGGGUUUUAUGUGUUUGGUAUAUGGGCACCUCCAAAUUGUGAUUAUCGUUAUUGUACAGAGCCAUAA